AGUGGUUCUGUAAACACUUUUGUGAAAAGCAUGUUGAGUUUACCAUCGUUUCCAAUUGCAGUUGUUUGUGAAUUAAUUUGACUAUUUUAAUUGAUUUUUUUCUUCUUUUUGUGCAAUUUUAUUGUUAAUAUUUAACCUGGAAUAUGAAGGAUCAACAAUCGAGGACCAGCAAGGAUCAAAAACGGGAACAACCAAAAACACAUAAAGUUGAUCUCAGAUUUACUCCAUUGAGAAAUGCUUGUAGAGAUGCUAAGAGACAAUUAAUUGCCACUACUAAAAAAAGGAUCAAACAAUUAUCAGAUAUGAAAAAGACUUGUAAUAAUCCAGCGUCUCAGACACGAUUUGAGAAGCAACGUAAAUCUUUAUCGGAGUUUAUUUGGAUGGUAAAAUCGCUUGACAGUGAGACUUUGAUUAGAUUUGGAUUGAAAAACAAAGCAGUUCAAUUAAAGGCGAUUUUAGCAUCAGAAGCUCAAAGAGAUCUAAAGACGAGAGCUUUAGCUCGUGUAUGUAACAAAAGUUGUAUGUCGAUAGCGUUGAGAACAUUUAAAAAGCAAAUCAAAGAGAAUCAACUGUCGAAGAAAACAUCGAAGAACAAAUAAAUUUACUAAUUAUUUUUGAUAAAUGACAAGAAAUUAAAAUAUUUCAGACGCAAAUGAUGCCAACAAAAAGAAA